UUCCCCUAAAGUCACACUUAUGGAAAGAAGAAGGAAAAUCUUCAAGCCACCCUGAAUCACCGCUGGGAAGAUCCCUCUCUUCCAAACAAACAGACAAAAUGCGACACAGUGGAGGUAGCGAUCCAGAAUUUGAUCCAGGAGAGGCAUCGGCUGGAAGAGGAGAAAAGAGGGGAUUCUCUCUUCCGAAUGGAAAACAUCUCCCUCUCGCCUUUCCUGACCCCUUCCACUCCGGGGCCCGAGAAGAUCACCCCUUCAGCCCCGGAUCCCUCCCAGGGCAUCGAAAGGAUCCUGUAUCUUCUCUCCAUCGCGGUCUACGGGGUGGCCUGUCUCCUCGGGGUGACCGGGAACGGCCUGGUCAUCUGGAUCGCCGGCUUCAAGAUGGAGAAGACGGUGAACGUGGUGUGGUUCCUCAACCUGGCGCUGGCCGACUUCGUCUUCACCUUCUUCCUGCCCCUGAGCAUCACCUACACGGCGCUGGGUUUCCACUGGCCCUUCGGACGUUUCCUCUGCAAACUCAACAGCAGCCUGGCCUUCCUCAACAUGUUUGCCAGCGUCUUCCUCUUGACUGUCAUCAGCCUGGACCGCUGCCUCUUGGUGGUCCUGCCGGUGUGGUCCAGGAAUCACCGGACACCCCGGCUGGCCUGGGCCAUCGCGCUGGUGACCUGGGGGGCCGCCUUGCUCAUCAGCUCCCCGUAUUUCCUCUUCCGAGACACGGCCCUGAGCGCGAGGAACGUCACCAGCUGCUACAACAACUUUGCCCUCUCCAGCAACUACACCAGCGAGGAAAGCCGGAGCCUGUGGAAGAAAAGGCACAGAGCCAUGAUCCUGGCCAGGUUCGUCUUUGGCUUCCUCCUGCCCUUCACGGUGAUCGCCGUCUGUCACGGCGUAGUGGCUUUCCAGGUGCAGCGCAGGCGCCUGGCCAAGUCGCCCAAGCCAUUGCGGAUCAUCGCGGCCGUGACGGCCUCCUUCUUCCUCUGCUACUCGCCCUACCACGUCCUCUCCCUGCUGGAGAUGUCCAAGACGUCCGGCAGCCCAAUGGUCAAGAGGGUGCUGCACCUGGGGGUCCCGCUGGCGUCCAGCCUGGCCUUCUUCAACAGCUGCCUCAACCCGCUUCUCUACGUCUUCGUGGGGCAGAAGAGCUUCCGGCGGUCCAUGCGGGGGGCUUUUGAGGGGGCCUUCGGGGAGGAUGCCCUCCUGUCCUUGUCCAGCAAGAGGAAGUCCCGGGCCGCCUCCCAAACGGAGAUCCGGAUGGCUUAGCUAGGAAAGCAAGUUUAAGAGAUGAUGUGGAUGAAGAAGGAAGGGCCCACUUUGGUUUCUGUUGUACUUUGGGGUCUGGCAAUGGCCAACUGGACCCAGCUGUUCUUGGGGGGGGGUGUCAAAGAUUUGAACUGACCAAGAGGCCGGCUCCUGUCCAGGGGGCCCUUCCUGCCCUCUGCCCAUGCCCAGAAAACAUUUCUUUGUGCACAUGCU